AUGAGAUUGCCUUGGUUCCGUUAUUGCUACUUCUACCUUGUUGUGGUGGAUCUGAUCGGACCAAGUCAGGCAAAGUCAGGCCUUCUAAGACGCCACAAAGCUGAGAUCAACAAUCUGCAAGUGGAGCGUUCACGGCAACUUGCAGUCUUCAACUCGAGGAAUGGCACGGAUUCUGACGCCGAUGAUGACGACUCGGACGUUGACUUGAUCAAUCGAAUGGUCACCGAGCUGCUGCCUGGCAUCAAUGCGAAACUCCAAUUGCGCUCACCCGAUCCCUUUGAUGCUCCCUUUGAGGGCACCAUUCCGUUGGGAGAGAUGGAAACGUCCUCCUGCAAGACCUCUGUGGAUUUUGAGUUGGAUCUGAGCAGAAUUGUGGGACUGUCGAGAUUGUCCAUUGACGCGUUGGAGGUGAUACCCGGCACGGAACGAGUGGAUGCCGGCUGUCUACAAACAUUUUGGAAUGCCAAGUUUCACAUGACAGUCUCGGCAGCGAAUUCGUUUGGUGACAUGCUGUCCAUUCAAGAUAUUGAAGCGGGGUUUAUGGCCAGCGAGUGUGCUUCCGGAGAAGAAGGAACCGUCCGAAACGAUCUCACAGGCAGAGUCGAUGCCCGCAAACCCACGUUUCAGGGCACCGUCCUGAUAUCGGGUGGAAUCUGGGGAAUCACCGCUGUCAUCAAUCUGGCCGAAAUAGAAGAUGUUUUGGUGGUUGGCCAUGACCAAGUCGAAGGAAUCCUCGAGAACGUCUCUCCAGAAUUUCAACAAUUUGAAGCGGAUGCUACCACUGAAAUGAGCAGCGUCAUGGAGGAACUGCUGGUCGAUACGGUGGAGCCACGAGUUCGUUCGGAUUUGCGAGGUAGUAUAGACGGAGCGGCAAUCAACAUGCCGUAUGGACAAUCGAUCGCUGUCAAUGCCGGCUUUGUCCGCAAUAGCCUUCAACGGAGAGUUUCGCAUUUCUAUCAAAACACGCUUUCCUUCUUUGGAGGUUGA